AUUCAAUUUUGUAGCUUCGGAUGGAACACACCUCCAGACAUUGUGAUUACAAGGAACGGACUAACAUGUUUUAUGCGCUUCUUUAUGGAAAUGUAUUGUUGGUAUUUUCAAAAUGACGUCCUUUAAAAAAAUAAAUACUAAAGUCUACACCAGGGCGGGGCCAGAAUUGACAGAGGAUAAUAUAUAUUGGAAGAAAUAUACACCACCAGUUUUAGUAAAAGAAUUUGGUCCAAUAGACUACAUUGACUUUUCGCCAGUAGAACCACAUUAUUUCACAGUUACUUGCUCAGUACGAGUACAGAUAUAUAAUCCUAUUACAAAGCUAGUAACAAAAACUUACAGCAGGUUCAAAGAAGCUGCAUAUGGAGGCUGCUUUCGCGGAGAUGGUAAGCUUUUAUGCGCUGGUGGCGAGGAAACAGUGGUCAGACUCUUUAACAUUGGUUCCAAUAGCACUUUACGAGUUUUUUCCGGACAUAAAGCUGCAGUGCACAGAGCUUUCUUCACAGCCGAUAAUCUUCACAUUGCUUCAUUUUCUGACGAUAAAACUGUAGUAUUGUGGGAUAUAGCUAGCGAAAAACAGCUGACAAGUUUUAACGAACAUAUUGAUUAUAUCAGAGCUGGUGCAGUUAGUCCUGUGUCCACUGAUGUAUUAUUAUCUGGUGGAUAUGACAAGAUUAUACAUAUGUAUGAUACCAGAACAAAUAAAAAGAUACUUAGUGUCAAUCACGAUGCACCUGUGGAGAGUUUACUCUUCUUACCAACUGGAGGAAUAUUCCUGUCUGCAGGUGGAACUGAUAUCAAAGUGUGGGAUGCUCUCGCAGGAGGCAAAUUACUCGCAAAGAUCACUCAACAUCACAAAACAGUGACUUGUUUGAAAAUUGCCUCCAAUGGUCGUAGAAUAUUGUCUGGUUCAUUGGAUAGGCAUGUUAAGGUUUACGACACUGGGACAUAUAAAACACUUCACACUUUAGACUAUCCCAAUGCAGUUCUCAGCAUAGGAAUUAGUGAGGGCGAUGAGACUGUCGUAGCUGGUAUGGUCGAUGGUCUUAUUUCUGUUAAGAGACGUGAGGAAGAUACGAAAGACGUGAUAAAACCGAAACGUAAAGUUUCGUAUAGGCAUGCGGGCGAAAAUUUACACGUACGGAGCAUCGACGUAGUCGUGCAGCAGGAAGUCAAGGAGAUAAUGAGCAAACAUGACGCUUGUCUGCGAAAGUUUCAAUACAGUAAAGCGCUCGAUUGCGUCAUGAUGAAUUAUGUAGUCAACAAAACGCCACACGUCACUGUCGCGUUAACACAGGAACUUAUUAGACGAGAAGGCUUAAGACGAGCUUUGGCCGGUAGAGACGGCAAAUCUCUGGUCAAUAUCAUUAAGUUCUUGAAUAAAUAUAUCGGUAGUAUCCGUUUCGGAAGAGUAUUAUUGCAUGUAGCAAAUGUUUUGUUAGAUGUAUAUGAAGAUCACUUAGAUGAACUCUCGGAGGAAUCACGAAAAAUGUUUGCUGUACUAGCACAAAAACUGCAGGAGGAAGAGCAAUUAAUUGUAGCCUUGACACAACUACAAGGUUCAAUGCAAAUGAUAUUGUCUAGUGCUGAAACAAUUCCUUUACCUACUGUAAAAGAGAAUCAGAAUAUGGAGCCGUCAAACGCCGCUCAAACGGAACGCGAUCUCGUCUUAAGUAUAACAUAAGCUUAAUAGAUGCAAAAUAUCAUAAAAUUGUAAAAUAAUGUUUCCUGUACAUAAUUUUCAUCAAGCAUUACAUUUUUUGAAAUAA